CAUCGGAUCGUCGCUUCAUUUUCAUCUCGAUUUCAUUUUCAUUAUUUCCAUUGAUUUUCCAUUUCAAUUGAUUCAGUUCUCUAUCUAAUUAUCAUCUCUUGACUUCACCUCCUCAACUAUUCAGUUAAUUUGGUCAAAAAACUCAUUCUAAUUGCUUUGAUUAUGUCGGUCGAUGAAAAACCAGCGAAUGAUUUGGACAAAGCGAUUCGAUUACUUGAAGGUAUCGAAAAGGUCGGAGAAACAAUUGUUAAUGACAAAGAGAUGAUUGUGGAUUUUGAUCGGAGAAGGAACAAAAAUCGGGAAGCUUUAAGGAUGAUACAAAAAAAGGACCAGAAAAAGGUUUGGCUCUGUUUCGGUAACAUGUUUGUUCAAACACUUACAGAAAAAGGGAAACAUAUCAUUGAAAAAGAUCAAGUUCAUCUGGAUGAGACGAUCAACGGACUUCGAGACUCAAUUAAGGAGAGUUAUGAUGAACUGAGGCGAUUGGAAAAUAAACCUGUUGAUGAUUCGUUCAAAUUGAAGCCAAUCAAUUCGAAAGAAGUCCAAGCUCUAAGUGACCUUUUACCGAAAGUCGUCUUAUAAUAACUAACUGAAUUACUACUGAAACGAUAAUUUCAAUGGCAAAAAUGGUUUUGUUUUCGCUUUAAUGUGGACAAUAUAAUAAUACAUUAUAUUAACUGAGUGAAUGAUGGACAUGUUAAUUCAGAAGAUUGAGACAAUUUUCGAGAAAUGAACAUGUUGCAAUUGAUUAAUGAAUGGAAAAAGAGAGAGAGA